UGUAACUUCACAGCAGCGGUUCACACUGCACCACUAACGUUACAGUUCCGGUUCCACCUCGAAACAGCACCGCUUCAGCUACAACGACGGGCGGGAAGUUGUUAUCGUCAAUUUAACCGCAGAUCAACAACGACUGAACGGGAGAAAUCGUUACCGGUCGACAUUUCACUAUCCAACCUUGAUGGAUCUGUAAGCGGAAGUCCGCUAACUGUAAACUAAGCUCAGCUAGCAUGGCUAACGUCGGGAACCAGCUACCAGCACAGGCCGUUAGCAAGCCUGCGCCGGGGAAACAUGGAAACGUAUUGCCCCUGUGGGGCAACGAAAAGACUAUGAACCUCAACCCAAUGAUUCUCACAAACGUGCUGUCUUCGCCGUAUUUUAAAGUUCAGCUUUACGAACUGAAGACCUACCACGAAGUCGUGGACGAGAUCUAUUUCAAGGUGACUCACGUUGAGCCCUGGGAGAAAGGAAGCAGAAAGACCGCGGGCCAGACUGGAAUGUGCGGAGGGGUGCGUGGAGUUGGGACUGGCGGUAUUGUGUCCACUGCUUUCUGUCUUCUAUACAAACUGUUUACUCUGAAGCUGACACGCAAACAACUGAUGGGUUUGAUCACCCACACGGACUCUCCAUACAUCAGAGCACUUGGCUUCAUGUACAUAAGAUACACUCAGCCUCCAGCAGAUUUGAUAGAAUGGUACGACGGCUUCCUGGAUGAUGAGGAGGAACUCGACGUGAAGGCCGGAGGCGGCUGCGUGAUGACCGUUGGAGAGAUGCUGCGCUCCUUCCUGACCAAACUGGAGUGGUUCUCCACUCUGUUCCCUCGUAUCCCAGUGCCUGUGCAGAAGAUUAUUGACCAGCAGAUGAAGGCUAGGCCGAGGAAGGUCGCUCAGAAGGAGCCGCAGGAAGAGGAGGCCGCGAGUGCAGAGGCAGGGAGGCAAGGGGAACGACGUCGCUCCAGGACACCCAGGCGAACACCGAGCCCCCGGAGGUCACCCAAGCGGUCAAGGAGCAGGAGCCACCACCGCGAGAGAGACCGCCACGGCCCCAGCUUUGACAGAGAGCUGGAGAGGGAGCGUGACCGCCAGAGAAAGGAGAGGGAUGGCAGGGACCGGGAUAGGGACAGAGGGGACCGAGGGGACAGGGAGAGACGGCGGUCCCGCAGCGCCGACAGGAACCAAGACCGGCGAGAACGCGGCAGCCGGGAGCGAAAGAACGAACGCAGAGACAAAGAAAGAGACGGCGGAGAUGAUAAGAGCAGGAGGAAGGACAGGGAGCACCAUAAAGAUAGAGGCGCUGAGAGGGAGAGGUCCAGGGAUAAAAAGAACAGAGGAGAGACUGAUGACAGAAGGCAUAAAGACGACAGGGAGAGGCACAGAGAAGAGAGGAAGGCCAAAAGGUCGAGCCGGAGUCGAAGCCGGGAGAGGAGGCACAAAGGUGGAGGAGAGGAAAAGAGCAGGAAAAGGGAGCGCAGCCACAGCAGAGAUAGAGAGCGUGAGAGAGACGGAGAUCAGCGUUCUCACAAACGUAGUGGUAGCAAAGAGAGGAGCCAUCAUCAGCGAGAGUCCAGUAAUGACCAUAGUAAACAUAGUGAACGCAGAAGGAGUCAGAGCACUGAGUAAAUGUCGCCUCCAGCAAUAUUACUUCUUCUUACUCCUGUGUUUUUCUUCCUUUUUUUUUUUUUUUACCAGUCGUCGGGUCUGUCACUUGUGCUAAAGAGAAGGAAUGUCAGCACAUUGGACAGUUGUCGUCUUUGGCCAAUGUAAUGUUGCUUUAUGUUUAUGUUUUUUCUGCCUUUUUUUCACUCCCCCCAUUAGACCAUUGUUAGUCUUCACUUGAAAUUUCAAAAGUGGCGAAAAUGAUAUUUUAAUUUUCUAUGGUUCGUUCAUUUGCCCCCAGGUGUGGGUUUGUACAUAAUGUUUCAGAGGCUGUCUACACACGAUGAGUGGUCUGAGUUGCAUGGGUUGCCCAACUCAACAUUAUCUUCAUAUAAUUUAUAUAAUUUAUAAAGAAUAUUUUCAGUCUGUACAAAAGCUGAAACACUUUUUUUAAAAAUUGACAAAUAUUACUGGGUUCAGGUCCUAGACUUCUUCAUAUCUAAGCUUUUUAGUCAGCUGUAUUCUGAUUAAAUGCUUCGAGGGGUCACGAGUGAACGGUUGAAGUUCAAAUUUCAGUGCUGCAGCAGUGUGCAUCAACAAUGGCUCAAGCUGACACAAAACAACUCCGUCAAUGAUCGUGUGUAGAUAGCCUGAGAAUGUUUUAAACCUCAAAGGACAGUCUGCAAUGGGUAAUUUUUAUCACACACACUGAGCCCUGCCUGUGCUGUGUUUGGAUUACUGCUCUGUUGCAUUUUGUUUUCUAAUAAAACACUUUUACAAACAA